AAAAAGAAAAUGCCGAUUUUAUUACAGAAACUACUUUUGGGUCUAUAAAAGUAGCAGCCGCAUUGAGACAUCGUCUCUAGUCUCAUCUCUCAAAGUCUCAAGUGUCUACAAAAAUGUCUGAUGAGAGUAUGAUCAUCGCGGACUUCUCCGACGACGAUUUCGCUAACGACAACUGGCCGGAGAUCGAGUUUCGGUCGCCGGAGGACGAGGCCUGGUACGGUGUUGACGUGUGGGAGCUGUGCGACUCUCUGGUGGUGACAUUCAACGGCUUCUCCUACGAGUACGACGAGGUUUACUCCCCGGAUGAUUUCAAGAGCACCGACGAGUUAAAAGAGUUCGAAGAGAGGUUCCGUGCUUGCUCCGUUCAGAUGCAAGACGGCGAGUGCGGUACGCUCGCACAAGGCACGAAGGUCUGCGCCACGUGUCCUUCCGUCGCCGGCGAAGUCAAGUUCUACGACGCCAUCGUCGUUAACGUGGUGAGGGAGAAGCAUGGUGUGGACGAGGAAGGGAACGAAGUGUGUGGAUGUGAUUACAAACUUUACUGGAACCAAGGUCCUUUCGUCGACAAUGUUACGUCUGCAAAAGUUGGAGACAUAUGUCUUGUUCAGGAAGAUAAACGAAUGAAGCCCAAAGUUGUCGCUUUCUUGAAGGAAGCUAGAAGGAAGCUUCUUGGAGAAGCUCAUCAAGGAAAAGAAACAGAGUGGCAAAAUAUACUUAAGAAGGUCACUUGUGCUAUUCGAGACCACAACUUAGACCCAUCUGUUCCAGAGAAUCAAGGUUAAAAGGAGACUUAUGUUUUGUUGCUCAGCAAAUGUAUUUGCGUGCAAAUAUUUGAUCAAAACUAUGUAUGGAUUUGUUAUCUUUUAGAAUGGUAAUGGUAGAAAAUUAUGUAAACCCUUUUUGGGAAUCUCUUAGUUAAGAAAAAGGAUAAACAUAUCUUCCAUAUGUAAUCACUAAUCAGUCCUUGUUUUCAUGCUCUAUCAUCGAUGCUGAAUUUUGUGAAAUACAUCGAAGCUCUUGUAUAACGUACUGACUUAACCAACACCGAAAAAAACAGAAAUGACAAGUCCAAAAUUCAAGCAAAUUCAGAUCAAAAGAUGCACAUGAAACUGUGAACAAGUCAGAUAAAGAGAACGAUGGUGCCGUAUAUGAAUCAUCAACCUUACUUGUAAAGAUAUAAUCAUUACUCUGAAAGGAAAACAAACCGGUCAAAAUAUGUUAUUAAUACGGUCAGAAGGACUUCUAGCACAAGAAACUGGUCAAAGUCAUCUCUGAUAGAGUGACUGUGACAUUUUUCUUAUGAUCAAAUAGAAACAUUAGGACCUAAGUCUUCUAACCUUUUUUAGUCUAUGCAGGAGUUGCGCAUGGUCAUGACUGUACCAGUAUGUAGAUAGCUAUGACAUGCAGGCAUAUGCAGCAAAAUGAUGAAU